AUGGAUCAACGGACUCUUGCUAGUAGUGAUUGUGAUCGCGGUGAAAGUUGUUAUGCUAGCAACAAUUUAAAUGGUGUCUACUGUAGUUCGUCAGAGUUCUAUUCUUAUCAACAUCCUGAUGAAAAAUCCGCGGACCUGAUCGGUUUGCCGAGCGCUCACCGAAGCCAGUUCUUCGUUAUGGAGGCGCAAAGUGAUGAGGACGCCAACUAUUCUAGCUCCCUGUUUGCAGAUUCGAUUCUUCAGAACUGUGACAGUGCGAUUGAUGGUUCCGCACGAGAUUUAGCUGAUGUUAGCUAUGAUCCGACACCCUCUUUUCCCAAGCAUAGCCACCCCUAUGACAAUAUUCAAGCUGACUAUACUGUAUAUGAGUUGUCGACCCCGAAUGACUUCAAUACUUCGAAGAUUAAGCAUAUUGGGCGGACGGAUGAGUGCACUUUUUAUCAAGAUGAUAACUAUUUAAAUUUCGAGCCGUCGAUCUGCUCUGCACCACAAAACACAUCUUCUUUGAUCACUGAUUCAUACAAUCAAAAUUUUUCAACAUAUCAGUCCUACUCUUAUUCUUCUUAUCAGUUUGGUGACACUUUCAACUUCCCUUCUGGACAGGUACCUUCGUCGACGGAUCUUUACAGUGACAGAUAUAACUCGUCUUCCGGAAGUGGUUUAUACUAUGCUGCCAAUUCCCAGAUUGCCUAUCAGAACGGUGUAACUACUCAGGAGCCAAUGUGUACGCCUGGUGAAGAUUUUCCACAGAUUCAGUUAAGUCAGCAGCCCUAUACAUACUCUACUCCAUACGAGGGUAAUCAACCGGCUUUACCCACUCAUUAUAAUCACUCCGCGUGCUACGUCACUUAUCACAGUGGAUUUUCAUCGCACUACCAAGAGUCACAAGAAAUUUAUCAGGAUUCCCAGCCAAAUAUCUAUCAACAUAAUCAGGGUACCCGUUACACUGCCUUAUACACCGAAUCCGUUCAACCCGUUUGGCGGGAGCAGCCAUGCAACGCUUAUAACUCGCAGUGGCAUUCCCAAGCAUCAAACGUCUGUGAUCGCAGAGAGGAUUACAGCCAGAUACCGAUCUAUAAUGGCAGUAGGUCAUGUACUUACGAGCCACAGCAACAGCAUCCUUUCAGUUUCGUUGAAAGUUACCCACCAAAUGCACAGAAUGAUGCACAAGGACUUCAGCCAUUAUCAAAACCUGUCUCGUCCUUCGAGAAGCCGGACAUUACGACAAAAGUUACCGAUUCUGCGUUGCAAGAUGCACGUCAGGAGCAAAGGCUUGAUCCAGAUAUAGAUGAGGAGGAGGACGAUAGUGUUCCUUCUCCGUCUCAGCCUGGGUCGCCAUGCGAACCAGUUCAUGAGUAUGUCUGCUCUCAAUGCACUAAGCGAUUCGAUCGGCCAAGUCAUCUGGAGAUUCACUUUCGCACCCAUACAGGCGAGCGCCCUUUCCGUUGCUGCAUUUGCUCAAAAGCCUUUUCACAGGCCUCGAAUCUGCAGCGACACAUGAAGUCGCACAAAACCUGGCCACUGUUGCGCUCAGUCGGUGGUACUGUAUCAUCCACCAAUCUUUUGAUGAAACCUUCCCGUUCAAUCUUAUCAGUGGCACGCAGGGUGCACGUUUUAUCCGCUUCUGAGAUGCUGAGCUAUAGUCUUGUGGACAACCAAUUUGAGUGCAGGUUCUGCGGGGCGCGAGUUAGUGGUUUCCAAAGUAUGCGCUCUCACAUGGUGGAACACAAUGACGAAAAGGUCUACCAGUGUAUUGUGUCUUCCUGUCUGAAAACCUUUACAGAACUGGAAGCCUUUACAAAUCAUUUAAGCGUAGCGCAUGACCUAGCCAAUUCGAAUUGGCUUCGGUGCAACAAAUGUGAAAAGCAAUUUGAAAAUGUCCUAUCUGUCGGAACCGGCGCUUCGCUCGAUACGGACUACUGCGUCUGCAUCUGCUCAAUGAUCAUGCUGUUACGAGCGUAUCCGAAGCUUCUCUAG